GUCUCAGAAAAUGAUGUCAAGUUUUCUUUCUGAACAAUUUUUACUCUUCAACUUUUUUUCUUACAACAAAUUCUGCAAAAAUAAUAAACUUCAAUGCCAAGUAAUGUUCUAACAAAUUUCCCAGAAAACUUGAAAUUUAAUUUGAUUCACCAUGCCAAGCAAGCUAAGGAAGGCAAUUGGAGCAGUGAAGGACCAAACAAGCAUUAGCCUUGCCAAGGUAACAAAUGCAGCCAACCUUGAAAUCACAAUCCUCAAAGCAACAACCCAUGACAAAAGUCCCAUUGAGGAACGUUACGUGAAUGAAAUUGUCAACAUUGUUUCCUCUAACAAACUCUAUGCAGCAGCAUGUGCCAAUUGCAUUGGCAAGCGAAUCGGCAAGACGCGAAACUGGAUCGUUGUCCUUAAAUCUCUCAUGAUCGUCCUCAGAAUUUUCCAAGAUGGCGAUCCAUAUUUUCCUAGAGAAGUUUUCCAUGCAAUGAAAAGGGGUGCCAAAAUUCUCAACCUUUCAAGUUUCAAAGAUGAUUCCAAUUCUUCUAGCCCUUGGGAUUACACUGCUUUCAUCAGAACAUUUGCUCUGUACCUUGAUGAGCGUUUGGAUUGCUUUUUAACCGGAAAGCUUCAAAGGAGGUUCACGUAUCAUAACCGAUUUCAUGAGAAGCAUCAGAGGAAGAAUCUCUCCAAUGAGCCUGGGAUUAGAGACAUGAAACCCGCCAUGGUGCUUGAUAGAAUGCCUCACUGGCAAAGGUUGUUGGAUAGAGCUAUAGCAACUAGGCCAACCGGGUCGGCCAAGACGAAUCGUUUGAUUCAGAUUUCCCUCUAUGCUGUUGUGCAAGAAAGCUUUGAUCUCUAUAAGGAUAUUUCUGAUGGUCUUGCUGUUGUUUUAGAUAGCUUCUUCCAUAUGCCACUUUCAUCAUGCGCUGCUGCAUUCCAUGCUUGUGUUAAAUCUUCCAAGCAAUUUGAUGAGUUAUCUCGUUUUUACUCUUUUUGUGCUAACAGUGGGAUUGGGAGGUCCUAUGAGUACCCAACUGUGCAAAAAGUUUCUGAAGAGCUCAUGGAGACAUUGCAGGAAUUCCUGAAGGACCAAGCAAAUGAUGGUGGUUCCAAUUCCAAACACUCACUAUCUCCUCCUGCAACAAAGUAUCACUCUGCAGCUUCGAGUUCAUCGUCCCAAGUUGAAGCCGGGGAACGAUACGGAACGCUUGAGAGGUAUUUUGGGAGUGGAUCUGAUUUGGGGUCUCAAUGCACAUCACUUGAAGACCUCAUGACUGCUACAGAUGCUGCUAUGAGUCCUAGGAGGUCCCUUGAGCAAGAUAUGUAUUCUGAGCAAUCUGAUUCUGAUCAAGAUGAGAAACAUUCACAAUAUGAUGACUUUGCUAGUGCAAAUGGUUCUAGUUCUACCAAAUCAUUUCCUGUUGAUCAAACAUCAAGGUCGAGUUUGGAUAUUAUAAGCUUUGAAGAUUUGCAGCAAGAUGUGCAACAAAAUCAAAUAAUUGAAUGGGAGCAUAAACACACAAGGAAGGGUUCCAUUUCCAAUGACAGCUCCAAAGAUUGUUGGGAGUUGGUUUUGGCAAAGACAGUUACUGCACCUGCUGAAACAUCACCCAAAUUGAACAAUGGGUUUGAUCCAUUUGUCGCCUUAUUUGAUCAAGCUCCAAGUCCAACACCUCAGAACACAUACAAUCCCUUCUUGGAAGACAUAGGAACUGUUACUCAUGCCACAGAUGCUAAUUCCAAUGAUGUUUUAGAUGUGGCACCGACGUUUCAGGAAACCGCAUCAACCUUCUGUACUCCGGCUCCUCUUGCAUCAACCUUAUCUGAUCAAAGUCCUAAUUCCUUUACAAAUUUGGAUCUGAUUUUUGGUGACACAAUUCCAAAUGAGACAGGAAUUGCUCCAACCUUUCAAUGUUCUGCCGAGACUAACAUGACAGUGCCACCAACUUUUCAUACUCAAACAUCUGAUAAGAUGAUUGUAGCACCAAGCUUCCAGGCUCAAUGUUCUUUUACGUAUGAUUCAACACCAACGUUUCAAGUGCUUGAUUCAAAUGUUGAUGCUACAAUGGAAGCAUCGAACCAUAGUGAUCAGAAUCUUAAUCGGAGUAUAGUUCAAGUGUAUAAUUCAACAGUGGCACCAACUUUUAGUGCAAAGGAUUGCCAGGAGACAACAUUGGCAAUGCCUGCAGAAGAAGAUCCAUUUGGGCCAUGGCCCUGUGCAAAGAGCAAUGAACAAACAUCUAAUGUGUCAAUGCAAAACCAAACAUUGCUGCAGCUGCAACAACUGUGGUUGGAGCAACAAAACAAGAUUAUAACAAAACACAUGACUUGAGUUUAAUUGCAAAUGAAAACAUCUCUUCAAAAUUUUGUAAAGUACCAUUUGACACGCAAACAAAACGGAACGAAACAGCCUAUUAUAUUCUUUUUGGUUCUGUUCUUCCUCAGAAUUUGAAUUCAAGUCCCUACUUGGCAAUGCUCGAAGCGGCACAAUGGAUCUCAGCUAAGCAGGGCGGAACAUUGUGGGGCAAGGAAUGGAGGAACACGGCGGCAAGCAAAUCCAGCAGAGGUGUACCUGCAGAAAGCACUAUGACAUCCAAGAAAGUUGUCAAUUUCUAGGAUGUUUAGGGAAGAUCAAUAGAAAAAAUAAGUAUCUAUCUUUAUUUCUUUGUCAAUUUAGUACUUAGUUAAUCGCUUAAUCAAUAUGUCAACCGCCUAACCGACUUAGUUAUAUGUGGCAUAAUUAUCUAAAGUGUUAUGAAUGUAGCAUUCUUAGAUUUGAGCAGCCAUGAAAUGAUAAGACGAAACUCAGCCCAAUUUCAUUUGAGGCCUCAAGUUUUGGUCAGUUUGUCGGAUCUCAUCCUCGAACAAUAUCUCUAUGCUAGAUAUGUCGUAUGUGAGAAGUGCCGAGAUGUAUACUUUAUAUUUACAUGAGCUUAUUCCAAUAAUAUUUGUCUUCUUCAUUAAAUCUAUCAAUCAAUCACCUCAAAAUCUAGCAAAGAAGUACGUGUAGAAUAGGAGAGACCUCGAAAGGUUGCAAUGGGGGCUUGAGGCGCAAUGCAUGGUAGGAUAUAGAAAGAA